AUGGGCGGAUCCAGGUCCAGGCAGGACGAAAAGGGCCAUGGCUGCGAGAAGAACUCUGUCACGCCGUUCUCUUCAGCGUCCCUAGGAGACGCCUCAGAAAAGGAUGGACACCACUCUCCAUCGCCACCAAGCUCCCCUUCGACGACUUCUACGGAUGACAAGAGCGACACCGACCCCGAUCCCGACCCCUUAAGCCCACUCGAACGUGCCUUGACUGCCGAUUGCCGGACCCCAGCUGAGCAACUUGGGCCGUCAAAUUUGAACUUAACCAGGACGGCUACUUCUUUCGCCACAACUGGCUCACGUAUUCCUUCGUUUGAAGUUGAAUUUGGCGACAAUGAUCCUGAUAACCCGCGUAACUGGCCGCUGUGGUAUCGUGGGUUGACCAUCUUUGUAGUCAGUUUUUCAACUUGGACGGUCGUGCUAUAUAGCACAAGCUAUACCAGCAGUAUGCCGGGCAUGAUGGAGGAGUUCCAUACAACCAAUCAAACUGUUGCCACGCUCGGAGUGACGAUGUACCUCAUUGGAUUGGCCGUAGGAAGUUUGAUUUUAGCACCUUUGAGCGAGAUGUACGGCCGCAGGCCGGUUUAUACAGCAAGCCUGCUUUUUUACUGCCUGAUGGUGUUGCCGUGCGCAUUAGCAACUUCGUUGAGCGAGAUUCUUAUAGUCAGAUUCUUUGGUGCCGUAGCUGGUGCGGUUAUGAUUGCCAAUGCACCGGGGACGGUGUCAGAUAUCACGGACGAAAACUACCGUGCUCUUGCCUUCAGUAUUUGGAGUAUUGGGCCUAUGAACGGCCCAGUGACUGGGCCCUUAAUCGGCGGUUUUGUGGCCGAGUACCUUGGGUGGCGGUGGACGAACUGGGUUGUCAUGAUUGUUGCCGGGGCAGCGUGGAUCAUGAUGAGCCUGAUCAAGGAAACGUAUGCUCCCGCAAUAUUGAAAAGAAAAGCCGCAAAGAUGAGAAAGGAUACGGGUGAUGACCGAUGGUGGUGUCGUUAUGAUGAUAAGAUGGGCCUAUAUGAGCUCCUGAAGAUCAACCUCUCAAGGCCUUUUGUCCUCUCAUUUACGGAACCGAUCUUGUGGUUUUGGAAUGCUUACAUCGCCAUUAUUUAUGCUAUCCUGUACCUCUGUUUCGUAGCCUAUCCCUAUAUAUAUGGGGGACUUCGCGGUUGGUCACUAGGGUUCACCGGCCUUGCUUUUGUCGGUAUUGGAGUUGGCACUCUUCUCGGAAUCGCCAGUGAGCCAUUAGCUCGAAGGGUUAUCAAUCGCCACAAAAAAGACCCCGAAACCGGGAAAGUGUCACCCGAGGCAUCGAUCAGCAUCGUCUGUGUCGGGUCCUUUCUUUGUCCAAUUGGCCAACUUUGGUUCUCCUGGACCGCGACGCCCGUCACGAUCCACUGGAUCUGGCCGAUAUUGGCCGGAGUCCCGUUCGGUGCUGGGAAUUGCUUGGUUUUUAUCUACUCGUCCAAUUACAUGGCCGGGGCGUAUGGUAUCUACGCUGCCUCCGCGCUCGCGGGAAAUACCGUCGUUCGAUCAGUCGUCGGUGGAACGUUGCCCCUGGCUGGAUCGAUAAUGUAUACGAAGCUGACACCGCAUUGGGCCGGCACGCUCUUGGGACUGGUCCAGGUGGCACUGAUUCCCAUCCCGUUUGUGUUUUACAAGUGGGGUGAUAAGAUCCGUGAUCGAAGCCCGUUGAUCAAGCGGAUGAGGGCGGAUCAGGAACGGAACCGGAAGCGCGAGGCGAGGGCGAAGAGGCUUCAAGAUCGUCGUGAUGCGGAGAGGGGAGAGAUAAUGAGCGAGGGCGGCGCUGAGAAGGGUGACGCGAGGCGGACUGUUAAUACGCCACUGGUAACGGAAAAAAUUUGA